AUGAUGGAUGAUUGUAGUGUGGGCGGUGACCCACCCCGCAGCCCCGACCUGCACCCAGCCCGCGCGCACUGGCUCCCCGACCCCCACCCCAAGCACACAACACCCCUACCCACUCCCCCACCGCCCCACCCGCCGUCCCCCCUCCAGCCCGCCCCCCCCUACGCGCCCCCCACCCCCGGCCCCCUAUCCACCGCCCCCCACUCCCAGCCCCCAACGCCCCAUUCACCCUCCACGCCCCCCUCCCUCCCCCGCACCCAACCCCCACCACCCCCCCCCCCCCUAGCCCCGCUCCCCCUCCCUACCCACCCCCCCGCCCCCCCCCCCGCCUCCACCGGCCCCUCAGCCCGCCCCCGGCACCCCCCACCCCACCCAAAUCACCCCUAA